AUGGAACCUCUAGGCCUCUCUUCCGGGGCUGCGGGCCUCAUCUCCCUUGGCAUAACUAUCUGCCAAGGCUUGCUAGACUACUAUCAUUCUUGGAAGGAUGCAGAGGACCAAGUGGCACACAUGUACUCAUCGAUUGAGGCGUUGACCGAGACCUUCAAACUCCUCAAAUCGGCCAUUGGAUCUACGGUGUUCAGCCGUGAUAGUGUGCAAAGAAUUGAAGAAAGUAUCAGGUCUGUGGAGAGGGGCCUUGAGAGCCUUCGAAAGAAGCUGGACAAGAUUCGCGUCGUUCCCCUACAAUCAGGAUGGAAAGCCAAGGGUAUGGCGCAAUUUCGAAGGACACUAUUCCCUUUCAAGGAGAGUACCUUGGCAAAGCUCAAGGAGCUUGGUAUCGAGCUACGACACGACCUCACGCUAGCCCUGGAAGUUCUACAGAUUGAGUGCUCUGCGGCGUCUUUGCAGAAGUUGGACCUGCUUGCUCACGGACUAACAAAUGUCUCCGUUAAUGUUGACAUAUUGCAAGAACGAUCUGCCGCGAUUUUCGGUAACGUCCAGAGUAUAGAAGCUUCCUCUCGAAAGACCUCCAAAUCUAUCGAUGGUUUGGUAGCGACUCAGAGCAAUGAGUACUGUCGCAAUGUGUAUAAUUGGCUUUCGCCUCUGACCGCGGAAUUCCAAAAAAAGCAUUUAGACACUUUCAAUACACCAGGGCGGCAGGAUGCUGCCGCUCGAUCGCUACUGGAGACCGCGGAAUUUAGACAUUGGCUCAGCAGACCUGGGGAAACGCUUUGGUGUCCAGGCAUACAGGGUACCGGAAAGACGAUCUUUGCCUCCUAUGCAAUCAACCACUUGCAAGGAAUCGUGGAUCGCAAUGAUACCCGCCUUGCCUACAUCUACCUUAGCUACAAAGAUACAGAGAAACAGACUGUUACCAACCUACUGGGGAGUUUGGUCUGCCAAUUAGCGUUCUUGGAGCCAGUCUUGCUGGUUGAUCUGACCGAAGCUUACGAAGCCCACGGAUCUGGAGCAACACGUCCAUCACAUGCGGAGUGCACGCAGUUACUGAGAUCUGUUGUCAGCCGUUGUGCUACAAUAUUCCUCGUCAUCGAUGCUUUUGACGAAUACCCUGAAGAGCGUAGAGGUUCUUUAGUGACAGAGUUGCAGCACCUACAUGUCAAUAUGCUGAUCACCUCAAGGGACAUACCAACCAUUGAACGCCAACUUUCAGAAGCGGUUCGACUAGAUAUACGAGCUAGAGCUGACGAUAUUUUAGAGUAUCUUCGAGAGCGGAUAUCGAGCUCGGAGAGGCUCAAGUUUCAUGCUGAUAAAGAUCCAACCUUAUGCGAUCUUAUCUCAACGACCAUUGCUGCGAGAGCUGAAGGAAUGUUUCUACAAGCCCGUCUCCACCUGGAUUUCUUGACAACAAAGACAACUCUUCGCAAAGCGAGGAAUGCUUUGACGGCUUUGCCCGAAGGCUUAAACAAUACCUAUGACGAAGCUAUGGAACGAAUCGAAUCUCAGCAUCCUGAUCAAGCUACGUUGGCCAAAAAAGUUCUGUGUUGGGUAUUUUAUGCUUCCCGGCCCCUUACGAUGUUAGAAAUACGGCACGCACUAGCAGUGGAGACUGGUGACUCAGCUCUAGACGAAGACAACAUUCCGGAGGAAGACCUGCUUUUGUCGGUGUGCAAUGGUCUUGUCACAAAUGAGAAGGAGGGGGGGCUUCUUGGCCCUGGUCCAUUACACUUUUCAACAAUAUCUGGAGCAGAAAGGGGACUGCCUUUUUCCAGAAGCUCAGGUCGACAUAGUACGGACAUGUCUUACAUACCUCUCCUUUGA